AUGAAUACUAUUGCUCGAAGAAUGAGCACGGCGAUUGUACGUGUCUGUACGUUCAAUUUACGUCAUGGUAAACUUGAUCAAAAUACACCAAAUGACUGGGAAAAACGAAGACCUAUUGUUAAAAAAUGUCUAGAAAAUAUGCAACCUACUAUUAUUGGAACACAAGAAGGUUAUCCACCACAACUUAAUGAUGUCCUUGAUGGUUUGAAUGAAACUACACAAUCUUGGUCAUAUACAGGAGAUGAACUCGAAGAUUGGAAUACUAUUAAUGCUAUAUUCUUUCGUCAUGAUUUACUUUCACUUAUUUCAACGAAAACCUUUUGGUUUAACGAACAUCCUUCAAAGCCUAGUGCUGCAUGGGGUGCAAAACAUCCACGUGGUUGUACUCGUGCUCACUUCCAGCAUAAAAUCACACAACAUCCAUUUAUUAUCUACAAUCUUCAUAUCGAUUAUCCAUCACAAAAUGCUCGACAUCAUUCAAUCCCUGUUCUUCUUUCACAAAUCAAAGAAAAUAAUGAUCAUCCUGAUAAAGUAAUUAUCACUGGUGAUUUCAAUAAUUGGCCAGAAGAUGUUGAAGGUGAGAAGCCUAUUGAUCAAUUGAUUGUAUUAGGACAAAAAGCAUCAGAAAUUUUACAAAUGAAAGAAGCUGGUUUUGUUGAUACAUACAAACAUGGUGAAACGCCGACAUUUAAUGGUUUUCGAUCAGCUGGUUAUGGUCCAAAAAUCGAUUUUAUUUGGUUAUCAUCGAAUAGUAUUUAUCGUGUUGAAGGUGAAACAAAAGUGGAUGAAUAUCAUGAUAAAGAUGGUUUUUUUCCAUCCGAUCAUUUUCCUGUUUAUGCUGAUUUGGUACAUACAUCUUAG